AUGCGUGUCGCCGGUCUCAUUUCUCUCCUCGCGGCCGCCGCGCCCGCUCUCGCUGAACGGGGAGCCUUCGGUCUCGCCCUCGGAAACGAAAACCCCGACUCUACCUGCAAGUCCGUCGCCGACUACAAGAAGGACUUUGACGCGAUCAAGCACUUGACGACUCUGGUCCGCACCUACAGUGCCUCCAACUGCGACACUGCGAAGAAUAUCAUCCCCGCUGCCAAGGCAAAGGGUUUCAAGGUUGUGCUAGGAGUCUGGCCCGACUACGACGAGUCCUUCAACCAGGACUUCGACGCCCUCAAGGACUCCGUCCCCGGAAACGAAGACGUCAUUGAGGCCAUCACUGUCGGCUCCGAGUGCCUGUACCGCGGAGACAUCACUGCUCAGAAGCUUCUGAAGCGCAUCAACCAGGUCAAGGACGAGUUCCCCAAGAUCACCGUCGGUACCGUGGACAGCUGGAACAAGUUUGCCGAUGGCACUGCGGAUCCCAUCAUCCAGGGAGGCGUUACAUACUUCCUCGCCAACGGCUUCGCGUACUGGCAGGGCCAGACGAUUGACAAUUCUACUGCCACUUACUUUGACGACAUGGCCCAGGCCAAGGCCCGCAUUGAGCAGGUCGCUGGUGAUAACGCGAAGAACAUCCGCUUCGGCAACGGCGAGACCGGGUGGCCUACUGACGGUGGAUCCGACUACGGCGCUGCCAAGGCCAGCACCAAGCUUGCCGCGACCUACUACAAGAACGCCGUCUGCGCUAUGCUCACCUGGGGAAUUGACGUCUUCUAUUUCGAAGCGUUUGACGAGACCUGGAAGCCCGACACCGUCGGCGACAACGGCGAGCGCAAGGACGAGAAGCACUGGGGUCUCUUCACUGACGACCGCGUGGCCAAGUUCGACAUGGCUUGCCCCAACUAG